GUCACGAUAUGCUGGUCACACCCACGCGAGCACAGAUGAAUGACGUCUUUGACCCCGACGCAGCAGAGAUGCGGAGUGCGGUGCUGGGUGGUGUUGCUAAGACAUUCGCUAUGCUCUGCGCGAUGCUGCUGCCGAAGGCCGCGGCCUUCUUGGUAGUCGCGGCUGUGGCGCUUGUGGCAACAGUAGCACAAUUUCUGUGGUGCCAAGAUAAAACUGUGUCAGACCUGGCAAGUAAUGGUAAUCACUUGACCGACUUGAACGGCUCGGAACGUGCAGACGCCACAUCUGAUACACCUCGGGUGUAUCCUGCCGGUUUUUGGCAGCUCUGGCUUCUCCAAUGUGCUGGCUGGCUCUCGGUGUGUACAUGGAGCUUCUAUUUCACAUCAGUUUGGGCAGAAAUUAAAGGAGCACGUGCCAGCACAAGUCCCAGCUUUGAACCAGCUGUGCGGGAGGCAACCGCCUAUUUGUUGUUGGGCUCCUUUGUCUUCCUUGGUGCUGGAGGAAUCUUGCCAAGAAUUUCAGGGUCCUCCGGAAUUUGUAGCGACGAGUGGGCAUCACUUGUUAUGUCCGUCCUGACCAUGAUGAUGACAUUGAUCGUUCUGUGCCUGGCGCGCUUGAACAGUGAGCUGCGCUGGCUUGCGGCAGCUUUUGUGGUGUUGGCCAUGCCUGUUGCAUACCAGAUACUUGCCAACUCGCCUUUUAAGUGGUUGGAGAGGCAGCCGGGCUUUGAUGAGACCCAGAGAGGCUGGCUCACGGGCAUUUUCAACACCGCCUUGGCUGUGGCACAGGCGAUCGCGGCUGUCUUAAGUGGUCCUAUUGUGGCUGCUGCGGGCGGCCGGUUGUGGGCUGCGUAUGCGGCAGCCACCUUCUUUGACAUGGCAGUUCUCCUCCUGGUACUGGUCAUGCGGUUCACUUCAACAUCCGUGCGGGAGGUGCGCCAGGAUUCAAAUGGGCCAGGAUGA